CCUCACGGCGGAAGCCGCCGCUCCCUUCCGGCGAAGCGGUUUUGGCGCGCGAGCCGGGCAGGGCCGUGACCGCCAUGUCCCGCCCGGAGCCGCCGCCCGCCGAGCCCGGCGCCGCCAUCGAGCGGCUCUGCCAGGAGCUCAACCUGGACGCGGCCAGCGCCGCCGAGGCCCUGCGCGACUUCACGGCGCUGCGGGGCACCUACAGCCUGGAGGGCGAGCCGCUGCACUGGCUGGCCUGUGCCCUCUACGUCGCCUGUCGCAAGAGCCGGGUGCCCACCGUGGGCAGCGGCCUGAUGGAGGGGAAUGCUGUGUCGCUGACCAGGAUCCUGCGUUCCGCCAGGCUAAGUCUAAUUCAGUUUUUUAGCAAAAUGAAGAAGUGGAUGGACAUGUCAAAUCUACCACAGGAAUUCCGAGAGCGAGUGGAGAGGCUGGAGAGGAAUUUUGAAGUGUCAACUGUGAUUUUCAAAAAGUUUGAGCCAAUAUUUUUGGAUGUUUUUCAAAACCCUUAUGAAGAAACUUCAAAACCACAGCGAAGCAGGAAACAGAGGCGGAUGCCCUGCAAUGUUAAAGAUCUCUUCAACUUCUGCUGGACUCUCUUUGUGUACACCAAGGGUAAUUUCCGUAUGAUUGGAGAUGAUUUAGUAAAUUCCUAUCAUUUGCUUCUGUGCUGCUUGGACCUGGUUUUUGCAAAUGCCCUAUUGUGUCCAAAUAGAAGAGAUUUGCUAAAUCCAUCGUUCAAAGGUUUACCAGCGGGCUUCCGCAUGACAGAGAUCAAAGCCUCUGAAGAUCCUCCUUGCAUCAUCGCCACACUCUGUGAGCUGCAUGAUGGGCUUUUAGUAGAAGCAAAAGGAAUAAAGGAACACUACUUUAAGCCAUACAUUUCAAAACUGUUUGAUAGGAAGAUUUUAAAAGGAGAAUGUCUGUUGGAUCUUUGCAAUUUCACAGAAAAUAGCAAAGCCCUGAAUAAAGAAUAUGAGGAGUAUGUUCUGACAGUGGGUGACUUCGACGAGAGGGUUUUCCUCGGUGCUGAUGCUGAAGAAGAAAUUGGCACGCCUCGAAAAUUCCCUGUAGAUAUACCAGUAGGGAAAACAGCAGCAAGAGCUCAUGUGGAGAGUCAUCUCCAGCAGCAUUUUGAAAAGAAAAGGUCAUUUGCACCUUCAACUCCCCUGACUGGAAGAAGAUACCUACGAGAAAAGGAAGCUGUCAUCACCCCUGUUGCUUCAGCAACACAAAGUGUGAGCCGGUUGCAGAGCAUUGUGGCUGGAUUGAAAAAUGCACCGAGUGAACAACUCAUAGCUAUUUUUGAGUCUUGUGCACGCAGCCCUAUGGAAAGCAUUAUGAGCAGAGUGAAAGAAAUAGGUGAGAAGUUCUGCUGCAGCUACACUCAGUCAACAGAUGAACAGCCAGGAUCACAUAUAGAUUUUGCUGUAAACAGAUUAAUGCUGGCAGAGAUCUUGUACUAUAAAAUCUUGGAGACUAUAAUGGUGCAAGAACUACGAAGACUACAUGGGAAAGAUUUGACUGCUCUCUUGGAACAAGAUGUCUUUCACCGCUCUCUCAUGGCAUGCUGCUUGGAGAUUGUGCUUUUUGCAUAUAGCUCACCUCGGACCUUCCCCUGGAUCAUUGAAGUUCUUGACCUGAGGCCAUUCUAUUUCUAUAAGGUAAUUGAAGUUCUGAUUCGGUCUGAGGAAGGACUUUCCAGGGACAUGGUGAAGCAUCUCAACAGCAUUGAGGAACAAAUUCUUGAGAGCCUUGCCUGGACUCAGGACUCAGCGCUCUGGGAUGCCCUCCAGGCAUCAGAUAACAAGGUCCCAACCUGUGAAGAAGUAAUAUUUCCCAGUAACUUUGAAGCAAGCAAUGGAGGAAGCGGAUUUGGGCAUUUGCCUAUGAUGCCAAUAUCUCCUAUAAUUCAUCCUCGGGUAAAAGAGGUUCGGACAGAUCUUGGUGGGAGUCUAAGACGGGAUGUGCAGCCGUUGUCCCCAAUAUCUGUUCAUGAGCGCUACAGUUCUCCCAUGGCUGGAAGUGCAAAAAGAAGGCUCUUUGGAGAUGACACCCCCAAAGAAAUGCAGAUGGAAAAAGUUUUAACUGAAGGAACUAAGUUGACAAUUGCUCCAGCAUCAAGCAUUGCUGCUGAAAAUGUGUCAGCUUCUCCUGGCCAAACAGUGCUGACCAUGACCACAGCUACAGUCCCAGGAAAAACAGGACAGAAGAUCACCAUCCCACUGCACGGUAUUGCAAAUGAAAUGGGUGGGAUCACAUUGAUACCCAUUUUGAUGAAUUUAGGUCAGCCAUGUAAGACAGAGGCACAAGCUCCCUGCCACCCUCAGGGGAACCAAGCACAUGAAGUGCAUCUGUCAUCAGGAAACAAACCAAAGAGAACGGGAUCCUUGGCACUGUUCUACAGAAAGGUUUAUCAUCUGGCAAGUGUGCGCUUGCGUGACCUGUGCUUAAAACUGGAUGUUUCCAAUGACCUGCGCAGGAAGAUAUGGACGUGCUUUGAAUUCACAUUGGUCCACUGUGCUGAUCUCAUGAAGGACAGACAUUUAGACCAGCUCCUCCUCUGUGCCUUUUACAUCAUGGCAAAGGUAACCAAAGAGGAACGAACAUUUCAGGACAUCAUGAAAAGUUACAGAAAUCAGCCCCAAGCAAACAGCCAUGUUUAUAGGAGUGUCUUGUUGAGACAUAUUUCUGCUGAUGGCCCAUUGGAGAAAAAUACAAACCAAGAUGUGGAGAUGACAGAAGACACGUCUGUGAAAACCGGCAGUUCCUCGGGAUCCGCAGAAGAGAGCUCCAGUGAGUCGGGAACAGAGGAGAGAGGAGAUCUCAUUAAGUUUUACAAUGCAGUCUAUGUAGAAAGAGUGAAAUCAUUUGCAUUGAAGUACGAUAUCACAAACCAGGACCAUGUAGUGGAAGCACCUCCUUUGUCUCCAUUCCCCAGCAUCAGGCAGCAGACAGUGUCUCCUCGCCGCAUCUCUCAGCAGCAUGCAGUUUAUGUUUCACCCCACAAGAACGGUGCCUGCUUGACACCUCGAUCUGCACUCCUGUAUAAAUUUAGUGGGAGCCCUUCCAAGAGUUUGAAGGACAUCAACAAUAUGAUAAAACAAGGCGAACACAGGAGUAAGAAGCGAGCAAUAACGAUUGACAGUGACACUGAAUCUCCUACAAAGCGACUCUGCCAGGAGAACGAUGAUGUUCUACUCAAACGUCUUCAAGAUGUUGUCAGUGAAAGAGCAAAUCACUAAACCUGGUUUUCUGCAGGAUCUACAA